AUGCCCACCGACGACUUUGUCGCAAGCUCCCACAUUCUGCACCGUUCCUUCACCGAGCGGCCGUCGAAAGUAAUCAGGGGCGAUGGCAUUAGCCUCGUUCUCGAAGACGGCAGGAAGGUCAUCGAUGCUACGUGUGGCCCGUCAGUCUCAUGUCUGGGCCACUCACAGCCCGAGAUCGUCGAGGCGAUCACAAACCACUUGAAGAAUGACAUAGCCUACGUGUACUCGGGAUCUCCGUACACAAACGCUGCAAUUGAGGAGUUAGCGGACAUGCUCCUUGCUGGGAAACCAGGUGGCUUGUCAAAGGCCAUCUUCGUCAACUCGGGCAGCGAAGCAACCGAUGCCGCACUGAAGCUCGCGGUGCAAUAUUGGCAUGAGAAGGGCCAGCCGCAGCGGACACACUUUAUUGCUCGGAAACAGAGCUACCAUGGCAACACCAUCGGUGCGCUCUGCGUGUCUGGCCACGAGUCCCGGAGAGCCUUUUAUCAAGACUUCAUGUCCCCCAAUGUGUCAUUCGUGGACCCUUGUUAUGCCUACCGCAUGAAACACAAGGGCGAGACCGAUGAGGAAUUUGUUCAGCGUCUUGCUCGUCAGUUUGAAAAUGAGAUUUUGCGCGUCGGGCCGGAUCGUGUCGCGGGCUUUAUUGCGGAGCCUGUCAGUGGAACGACACUCGGCUGCUUGCCAGCUGUACCGGGGUAUUUCAAAGCGAUCCGUGAUAUUUGUGACCGCUAUGGCGUUCUUCUUAUCCUAGAUGAGAUCAUCUGCGGAAUGGGAAAAACUGGCACGAUGCACGCAUGGGAACAGGAAGGAAUCCGGGGCCCCGAUAUCCAGACCAUCGGAAAAGCUCUCGGUGGAGGGUUUGUCCCACUUUCUGGGGUACUACUACACCAGAAGAUUUUCCACGCACUGUCUGCCGGCUCUGGCGGACUCGCUCAUGGCCAUACAUUCCAGGCUCAUCCACUUGCGUGUGCAGCGGCGAUUUCCGCGCAGAGAAUCAUAAAGCGCGAUAAUCUGGUUGAGCGGUGCAAGCAGAUGGGAUAUAAGCUCGAGGAUUUGUUACGAGCAGAAAUCGGCCCUAUGCCUCUCAUUGGAGACAUUCGCGGCCGUGGCCUUUUCUGGGCCAUUGAAUUCGUUCUGGAUAAGGAGUUGAAAACUCCAUUUCCUGCCCAGGCCAAGUUCUGUGAUCAAAUCGUGAAAAAUAGCCUACGGCUGGGCCUGAAUAUUCUCGGGAACCUCGGACACACGGGUACGUAUCAAGUGGAUCAUGUGCUAGUGUGUCCGCCAUACACCGUCACAGAAGAGGAAUUGAGCCAGAUCAUCUCUGUCCUAAAGGUGGCUAUCUCGCAAGCGAGCGACGAAUACUUGAAGAAUAAUGCUGCAAAUGGUGUCAACGGGCUGAGUAACGGCAAGCACUAG